AUAAAUACUUUUGGCAUUUCAUUUAAACCCGUGGGCAUAUAUAUUAUAGGAAUGCUUGUUGGCAGUGAACAGUGAGCAAGCCUGGACAUGCACAGCUACUCCUUGUGUUGUAUACAAAUGAAGUGUUACGAGUAGUUUAAUUGAACCAAUAUAGAAAACGGUAACCUGUGCUAGUCGGGGAUUUAGAAGAUGUUUACCAUAUGAGAGUUCAAUUUAAUGGUGUAUAUAAUGGUGUGAAAUAAAGUGACAAUUCCAUCCAGUGUACGUGUGGAGAAAGGCAGCCAUGGAGACGCGGAGAUCAACUGGUUCCCUGUCUUCCCUGACUGGGUCCGGAACGUUCACCCCGCCCAUGUCUCCCCGUGUGGAGAGCCCUCGGGCUGCCGCUGCAGUGGGUGAGAAGAGACAAGGCUCAGGAAAGGGCAUCCAAAUGCAGAUACAGCAGCUUGCAAAUGAGCAAGAAAGAGUUCAGAAGAAAACAUUCACCAAUUGGAUGAAUACCUACCUGAAGCAGAAAAACAUGAAAGUGGAGAAUUUGUUUGAAGACAUUAAAGAUGGAGUAUACCUUCUGUCCCUUCUAGAGGCAUUGUCCGGAGAAAAGUUGCAAAUGGAACGAGGAAAAUUGAAACGUGUCCACCACGUGAGCAAUAUAUCAACUGCUUUAAAAUUUCUGGAAAUGAAAAAGAUAAAACUAGUGAACAUCAAUGUUUCGGACAUUGCUGAUGGAAAGCCAUCUAUUGUCCUUGGCUUGAUUUGGACCAUUAUCUUAUACUUCCAAAUUGAGGACACUUUUGCACAACAAGAACAUGAUCCAGACAAACCUUUGUCUGCUUUAGAAAAAUUCCGCAUGAAUGCCAAGAAAGCCUUGCUAGCAUGGACAGGAAAUGCUAUUACAAAGAAAUAUGGAAUAAAGAUAUCAGACUUUGGUAAAAGUUGGCGUGAUGGCUUAGCUUUUAAUGCCAUUGUUCACACUAUCCGGCCUGAUUUGAUUGACUUUGAGAAUGUUAGAAACCAGUCAGCAAGAGCCAAUCUGGAACAAGCCUUUUCCACUGCUGAAGAUCACUUAGGCAUUGCUCGACUUCUAGACCCUGAAGAUGUUGAUGUGGAAAAACCUGAUGAGAAGUCCAUCAUGACCUAUGUAGCUCAGUUCCUGAAGGCCUAUCCAGAGGCUGGAGAGGACCCCGCUCUUGGACGACGGAGUAAGGACCCAGCCACCCAGGAGAUGAACGACUACACGGAUCUGAUGACCUGGCUGAGUGCCGAGGCAGAGGAGGUGCUGCAGAUAGUGGACCAGCCCGUCACUGACCGCCAGCAAGAGUACAUGGACUAUCUGGCCUUUAAAGCUGAACUUGACAGAAGAGAAGCUGUGUAUAAAAAAUUAGAAGAGAAAUGUUUGGCUAAGAAGGCAUUAAAAAUCACUGAACCCAUGUGGACAGAACUUAACACAAAAUGGCGCAGCGCAGCUCGGCGUACGAGAAUGUGGUUGUGGAAGCUGGAUGCUAGUCUUCCUGGAAAACUUGGAAAGUUUGGAGAUUGGUUAAAUCAAGGAGAGGAAGUUUUGGAACAACAGCCGGAAGAUGUUCAGGACAGAAAUGAUCUUGCACAGAAGCUUGCCAAGCUGCUGCAGGAAUCUGCCGAAUAUUUCAAAGAUGCAGAGUCAUGGAAAACAUUCUUUUAUGAAGUCAAGAGAGCUGGUAAAUAUGAAGGAGAAUUCCUGAUUCAACCUCAAAUGGACAGUCUUGCAAAUCGUUUGACAGCUUUAUUGAAAGAAUAUCCUCGGCGCGAAAAACGUUUAGCAUUUGAAGAAUAUCAACAGAAGGUGCUAGCAUUGCGAGAGUCGGCUGAGGCUAAAUUGCAGGUUUGGACAGAAAAACUUGGACAGCAAGAAGAAGUGGAGCUAAUGUUGGAAGACUACAAUGACUUUGUUAAUACUCAGCAACUGUUCCACAAGUACAACUCUCUCUCCACAGACUUGUCUAAGAAAGCAGAUGUGUGGAAGAAAUCAGCUGGAAAAGAACGAGAACAGGAAGUGAAGAAAUUUAUUGAAGAAGAAAAUACCCAAUGGAAAAAAGUUUCAGAAGACAUCAAAAAUGUGCUUCCAAACUUGGAGAAAGGAUUGGAAAAUUGGAAAUUAUACAACAAUGGAAUUGAAACAUUGACAAGUUUUAUCAAUGAAGGAGAAUCUGUCAUGUCAAGAUCAGCAGAGGAAAAACAGCAACAUUUCAGUGAAACUCCAGAAAAUGAAGAAAAAUUAAGACAGGUCAAUGAUUCAGGAAACUUUCUUAUGGAGGUCUGUAGUGAACCGAUAGCUGACGAAAUCCGCCAGACAUUGGCUUCACUCAACGCAGAGUUCAAAACUGUUACAGAAAGUUUUGAGGAAUUUAAAAGAGUGGAAAUAAUUGGGAAAGGUAAACAAGAAUACGCUGAAGGAGUUAAUCGAAUAUCAGAGUGGUUAAAAAAUGCAGAAGAAUUAAUGAUGCAACCGGUGCCAUGUAUUCAUGCCAACCUGAAGGACCAUCUACAGGAUCUAACUAUGUGCAGUAGUCAAAUUCCAGAGAUGGAAAACGACUUCAAAUCAACCACUAAAACCGCACAGUCCUUAGUUAAGGACAGCAGUCCAGAUGUUGUCAGUGAAAUGUUGCAGACUCUGAAUGUUCAAAAAGAGGUCAUCGUGCGUUUACGAAAAGAAAUUCCAGAACGAAUCAAAUACCUCAAAGCUAUGCUUCCUAAUGUAGAAUCUCUAGAAACAGGCAUCUCUGAUCUCAGUAUUUGGUUAGACAAAGGAGAUACUGUUCUCAGUGCCAACAAAAUGGAAGGUUCUCAGACUCGGGCCGAAGAGAGACUAGAAAAACAUAAAGCAUUUUUUCAAGAAACAACAUACCAAAAGUCAAUUGUUGAAAGUAAAAACAAAGUUCAUCAAAAAGUUACCAGUACCAAACCAAAACUGAAAAAUGUAGAUUUUAGUCCUGUGGAUGAUCCCAUGUCAGCAGUCAAUCAAAGAUUUCAGGAGAGUAUUGUUUGUGCCAAGGACUGGGAGAAAAGGCUGGAGAAUCUCUGUAGGUUAUGGAAGAUUCAUCAACAGAAAGAGAAUGGUGUAGAGAACUGGUUACAGCAGGCUAGAGCCAUACUACAGGAGAAGACAGAUGAUCCUGAAGCAUCAAUCAAACGACAUAAGGCCUUUUUUGGAAAACAAAACAAUAAGAUUUUGGAAGACUUUUUGAGGGCUGGUCAAGACAUUUUAGAUGUACUAGAAAAACCAGAUCAGGCUGAACUUCAGAAAAGCAUGGAUGACAUUAAAACCAGAUGGAAGGCAAUACAUGUGGAAGCUCCACUGUGUCUUCUCAAGCUGGAGUUCCUUUUGCCAGAAGAAAAGUUUGUCUCAAGUGUAGAGGAAGCAGAGAAGACAUUACAACAAGAAAAACAACAGCUUCAGCGAAAACAAAAUGUGAAAGAAACUUUAAAAAAGCACAAACAAUUAUUCAAUGAAGGUCCAUUUCGACCAACCUGCAUCAAGUGUCUUGAGACAAUGCAAAAGUUGGCAGAAAACGUUAACCAACUAGAGCCAAAGGAUCACAGUCUGGAAGACCGUUAUGAGGAUCACCGGGCUCGUUGGGAGAAACUAUUGUCCAGUAUGGACAACAUUUGUUUGGAUCUGAAGCAGCUUCCAGAACGAUGGAAAGACUACAAUCAAAAACUUGAUGAAUUUGCUGCAAAUGUUGCCACUAUCCAAGAUUUAAUGACAGAGCUUCAAAAGGAAGAUUUAACCAGUGAAGAGUACAAAGAUCUACAAUCUAAAUAUCAAAAAGCUCUACGUAACAUGGCAAAACUGACAGAUGAUGGAAAGUGGUUGCAAGAAAAUCUAAAUGAACUUAUCGAAGACAGUCCUGAAUCAGACACAAAGAAGGAACAGAAGCGCUUAACUGACCUGUUGUCGAAGUUCUCUGAGCUGCAGCCAAAUCUGAACAAAGUGGCAGACAAAUCAACUGUGUUUUCUAAGGCUUACGAUUUCAGAGAUACCUUGGAAAAGCGCAAUAACUGGCUGGAUGAGACACAGAGACUAGUGAAUGAUGAGCCCAGUAUUGAUGGUCUGGAGGAUGCUCGAGCAUACCUACAGGAACAUGAGAAUAUCAUGAUGAAGCUAGAGUCCGAGAAACACAAUGUCCAAGCAGAUUUAGAAGCGGGCAAACAGCUGCAGCGUGAAAAGAAUGCACCAACUUUUGUUGCCCAGCAAGUCUCUGAGCUAGAUAAAAAAUGGAAAGAGACCAAUGAAAAAGCCAAGGCUAAGCACCAAGCACUAAAGCAAAAAGUCCAAGAAUGGGAGCAAUAUGAAACUGAAAAGCAGAAAUUGCUACAGUAUUUAAAAGAGGCAGAGAAAGAGUUAGAGAAACCAACUGCUACCACAGGACAGGACCUGGCUGAAAAAGACUUAAAUUCCAAAAAGGAAAUGCAGAAGACAUUAACAAAGUUGAAAAGCAGCUUAUCAGAUAUGCAAAAGCUAAAUGAAGCUCUCUGCAGUGGUGCUAGCCGUGAGAGGAGAGGACCGCUAAAAGGCGAGAUGACAGAUAUUGACAAAAGACUUGAUAGUGUUUCUGCCAGACUCAGUGCAAAACUUGGCGAUUUAGAAUCUACCAUUGCCAAGUGGACAGAAUACUACAAGCGUCUAAAUCAUUUCUGUGAUUGGUUAAAUGAAAAAGAAGCAAAACUGAAUGAGGUUUAUGAAAACAAAUCUGAUUCUCCAGAACAGCAACUACAAAAAGCAAAGGCAAUUGCUGGUGAAGUAGCAGAAAACCAUAUAACCCUGGAGAAUUUGGAAAAAGAUGCCAGGGGAAUGUCUCAAAACUUCAGGUCUCGUGAAACUUCUGCCCUUAAAACUAAGUUAUCAAGUGUCAGAAGACAGUGGGAGAGUUUGUGCUCCCGGGCCAAGGAUCGCAGCUCUGCUUUAACGGGGAGUGUAGCUCACUGGCAGAUGUACCAGAACCUUAACCAGCAGCUGAUGCCUUGGAUAGAAAAGGCCGAAAAAUACUGUGCAACUGAACUCCCAAAAUGUUCCUCUGUUGAAGAGGCACAAGACAUACAUGAGUUGCAUCAGGCUUUUGUUCAUGAGUGUGAAGAACAAUUUCCAGUAUUUGAAAAGUUAAACACAGAGGCUGGUUACUUGAUGGAACAACCAAACAUGCAACAAGAUAUCGAAGCUCUACAGAAACGCUGGAAUAAUAUCAUAAGUAGUUCAGAAGACAGAAGUCACAAGGCAGACAAAAUGUAUGGUGCAUGGUCAGCUUUUGAUCAAGAAAUCAGCAAUUUUGAUGAAAUUCUCAAAAAAUUUCAGAACAAGCUCUCUGAGGAGCCAAAUGUUUCAUCAACUGAUGUUCAAGUUUUAGAACAUGAGUUAGCACUUUCCAAGAAUUUGCAAGAGGAAAUCAAAAGUCAGCAGCCUCAUCUGAAUGCACUUCAGAGACAAUUUGAACAGGUCAAACAGCAUGCAUCACCUGAAGGAACUCAAGCUUUGAUGUCAAAGCUGGAUGCUGUCAAAACAGCAUAUGCUGAUGUAGCAGAGAGUGCAGCAGAGAGACAAGCAGUUCUUCUUAAUGCUGUUAAACACAGGCAACAGUUUUAUGGGCAAAUUCAGGACUUUGAAAAAUGGUUGAAGAAAUCUCAACGUAAGCUAGACAGUGGCAAUGAAAUAUAUGCAGACGAAGUUCCGGAAAUGCAGUUAAAAUUGAAGGCUUUAAAAGAGGACUGUGAGGCACAGGAACCAAAGUUUAGUCAGUUGACACAAGAAUUUAAAGAUCUGAUUCAAAAUUGUCCAGAAGAUGAAGCUGCUAUUUUACGUGAACGCUAUGAUCACAUGAUGGAAAACUACGCCAAAUUAGAUGACUUAAUCAAAAACAGAGAAGAGAUAUGUGAAAAUUGGUCAAAAUAUGCAGCAGAUCACAAAGACACUCAGGCCAAACUUAAAAUGCUGCAAGCCAAAUUGGCUUCUCCUGAAAUUCAGCAGGAUGAAGUAGACAAGAUAAACAAAGAAGUUGCAGCCAUUCGAAAAUCCAUGUCACCCUGGAACAAGCAGGCCAACAAACUGGACGAUCAGAUGGGAUCAGCCCACUUAGUCUUAAAAGACAGAGCUACACAGAGAACACUGCACUUCAACUCGGAGUUACAUAAUCUGGAGGCCAUGUGUGACAACGUUUGUGCCAAUGUUCAGACCAAGCAGGGACACUUAUCAGAGUUGUCUCAGCUGUGGGAGGAGUUUGGCAAUAGAAAGGAUAGUCUGCGGGCAGAGUUACAGGAACUGGCCGAGAGGGUGGGUGGAGCAGCCGUCAAUGCCUCCAGCCUGUCCGGUUUGAAGGAGUUAGUCAGAGAGACUGAGGAUGCCAGAGAUGAUCUGUAUAGUCACAGUCAAGAAUAUGAACAGCUUCGAGAACUUGGUCGCCAGAUCAUGAAUUCUGAUCAUCAACGGGGAUCCUCUGUACAAGGCCAUUUGUCAGAGAUAAGCAAGGCAUGGGAGCAUCUCACAAACUUACUUGGACAAAAACACCAGCAGUACAGUGGCACUGCCAACCUUUGGCAACAGUAUGUGGAUGCUAAACAGAACGUUGGUCGAGUCAUGGAAAGUGUGACACCUCUAGUCAAGCAAGACAUCACCUGUAAAUCUCAACCAGAGGUUAAAAAGGCUCUCGAUCAACACAAGAAUGCAGAGUUUGAGUUACAUGCUAACCAGACACAGCUUGAUCAGAUGAACAAUCGAGGUCUGCAGCUGUUGGAGGAUCUGAAGAAUGUGCCGAACUUUGAUGUGACUGUUUUAGAACAGGAUCUUGAUUCUGUCAAUCACAAAUGGGAGUCUUCUAGUGAGGUAAUUGAGCAACACAAGGAGAAUCUGGAGGCCCAGUUAAUCUGCUGGGAUCAGAUCAUGUCUGGGAAGGAGGAGGUGGAAUCCUGGCUCAACACCAUGUCAACCAGGCUGGAGGAUAGUCUCCAAAACUUUGAUGAUGCAAUUACUGUGGAGUCUUGUCUAAUGAAAUUCAAGGAUGAAUCUCCAUACUACACUGAUGUUUUGCAUGAAGUUCAGCAGAAAAUGCAAGAUUUGCAGGAGCUUAAUAACAGCAAAGCCAUACCUUCUCUGACUGAAGCGAGCAAAACUCUGCAAGACCAGUUUGAUAAUGCUACAGCCAUGGCUGACCAACUAGAAAAUGUCAUUGCUAACUUUUCUGAUGAGAGAGAGGGUCUACAGAAAGCAAUAGAACAGGAGACUGAAUGGCUUAACCAGAUGAAAGACAAGCUCGGACAUUGUGAUGAUGUUUCUGGAUCAGAUGCCGACAUUGUCAAAAGACUAGCCCACUGUAAAGAACUUCAGAAAGAAUUGGCCGUCAGAGAGAGAAACUUUGAUGCACUCAUAGAGAAAACCACAAUGUUACAAGACAAGUACCAGUCUGCUGAAACUCAAAAUCUGGCCAAAGAUGCUGUAGUUUUGAUGAAGAAAUAUGAAGCUGUGAAGAACCGAGGUGAUAAGAUUGCAGAUCUGUUGGCAGCUUCCUUAGAGCAACAUUGCCAAGAUGCUCAAGUCCAAGAGCAGCGCUGGAUCAAUGCAACCAAAGAGAAAGUGGCUUGGUGUGGUGAUAUCGCUGGGGAUAGGUACAGCAUGGAGGCCAAACUAGCCACAGUUAAAGAUUUACUUCAAAGUGUGAAUGAAGGGGAAAAGAAGAAAGACUUGGCAGCAGCUAGAGUAAAUAUGGCAAAAUCAGUUCUUCCUCAUGACAAGCAAGCAGAACUCGAGAAGCAGAAAAAGAAAGCAGAAAAAGACUGGAAUGAAUUAAUUGACUUGAUUGAAAAGACUCAAGUGAAAUUGGAGGGAUCUGUCGACCAGCUUUCAGCCUAUGAUAGUAAAUAUGAAAAACUAGCUAAAUGGUUAAAGGACACGGAGGCAAAAGUUAGAAAUGAGUCUACACUGAAGGCGGACCUCACAAGUAAAGUGGACCAAUCUGAGUUGUUCACAGAAAUUCACAUGGAUAUAGAAAACCACAAACCAGAAUUCCAUGAAUUACAAAAUGACUCCCAGAACAUAUCCAAAUCCAGUGGUGAUGGUAGAGCUGCCACAUACGCUACCCAGCUUUGCAAUCGCUAUCAAAAUCUUGCAGCUACAGUGAAGGAACAAGUAGAUCGCUGUGAUCAGAAUGUGGACGAACAUGAGGACUAUCAACACAGGAUGAGGGCGUGUGACGAUUGGCUUAAAAAUGCUCACCUCCAGCUGAAUGAGAUGAAGGAUAAGCCGGCCGAUCAGGAGACUCUUCAGGCCAAGCUUCAGGCUGUAGAGGAUCUUAUGGAGGCUAAAGAGGAAGGACUUGGAUUAUUUAAUGCAGCUCUUGAGUCUGGAGAAAAACUCUUUCCUAACACCUCAAAUGAUGGCAGAGAAACAAUACGACAUGAGCUCCGAUCCCUCAGAGAGAAUUGGGAACUGUUCAAUGACAGCCUUAAUGACACACAGAGAAGCCUUGAGAGCAGCCGCAUGCAGUGGUCAACAUUUGAUGAGAAUUAUGAUCAGCUACUAAAAUGGGUUACAGAUAUGGGAUGUCAGAUUGAGCAUGACAAUGAGCUACGCAAUACACUUCAGGAGAAGAAAGCCAUGCUGCAGCAUUACCGGACGAGGUGUCAAGAUAUUAUGUCUCACCAAACUAUGAUAGACAGUGUCACUGACAAGGGAACGGCCCUAUCGUCAGCUCAAGUGAAGGGCAAACUGAAAGAGCUGGCUAACAGCUACAAGGCGCUGUGUCACACCGCCCAAGCUCAAGUAAAGACUGCGGAACAGCAAGUCGAUCAACACCAGACCUUUGCAGACAGCUACCAGCAGUGUAAGGACUGGAUAACCAUGACCAAAGACAAGUUAGCUGUUUGUAAUGAAGUCAGCGGGGAUAAGCAGACCUUGCAAAAUCGAUUGGACAGAGUCAAGGAUUUAACUUCGUCUUUGAGAAAUGGUGAAAAGAAAAUUCAAGCAGCUAUUAGUCAGGCAGAAAAAACUCUACAAGAAACAGCUUCAUUUGGUCAAGAGCAAAUCAAAUCAGAGCUAGAAAGCUUAACUCUUGACUUUGAGAGUCUUGUUACAAAGUUGGGAGAUGCGGAGACUUCUCUGACACAUGCUUUGCAAGGAUUACAGGCUUAUGAUAAAUCUUGUGACGCUCUCAGCAAAUGGCUAAGAAAUGUGGAGCUUCAGAUCAAGGAUCAGGAUUUAAAGUCUACCUGCCAAGAAAAGCAGUCUCAAGUGAACAAAUUUAAGCAUUUGCAAGAAGAAGUCCAUAACCAGCAGGUUGCAUUUGAGGAACUUCAGAAAAUGGCAGCACAAGUACAAGGAGCUGAUAGCCGAUUGGUCAGUUUAUGUACUCAACUAAACACCCGGUACCAGACAGCUAAAACCUCUCUAAGAGAUUUGAUCCACAAGCUGCAGGACAAUGUUCAUGAGCAUGAAGCUUACAACGAAAACUUCUCUGAGUGCGCAGAGUGGGUGAACACAUUGGCAAGGCGUCUGCAAGUGUGUGCAGAUAUGGCGGGUGAUAAACAUGAUGUGGAAGAUAGACUAGCCAAACUACAGGAACUUCUGGCAGAAAAAGAACAAGGCUCCUCAAAAAUACACUACACAGUGGAUAGUGGUGAAAAGUUGUAUCCUAACACAGCUUCUGAAGGUCGGGACAUCAUUAGACAGGAACUGAGGACUCUCAGAGACCAAUGGGAACAAGUGUGUGACCUGCUGUCUGACACCCAACACAAGCUGGACUCCUGUCUGCUGCAGUGGUCAUCCUACGACGAAAACUUUGAACAGUUCCAGAAAUGGUUACUGGAUACUGAGAUACAACUCAAGGAGGACACAGACUUAAAAUCUACUCUUCCCGAUAAAAAGGCUCAACUCCAAAACCAUAGGAUUCUGCAUCAAGACAUUAUGUCCAGGAAACAUGUCAUGGAUAACUUAGCAGACAAGGCUGUGAAUCUGACUCGCUCCACUCCAAGUGCCAAGGUCAACAGAUUUGUAGAUGAGCUUCAAAGUAAGUAUAGCAAGCUGUGCAGUAUGUCACAGCAGAUGCUAGGGAAGUUUGAGGAAUCCGUGAAGGACCACCAACAAUACCAAGAUGUGUACCAGGAUUGCCAGGAUUGGCUGAACUCAGCCAGGGAGAAAGUGGACACCUGCUCCGAUACCUCCGGAGACAAGCUCUCUCUUCAGAAUAAGCUAGAAAGACUCAAGGAAUGUCAAGAGAAAAUACCAGAUGGAGAGAAAAAGCUAAAGAAAACCAAAGAAUUGGCGAGCAAAACAGCCUCUAACUCCUCUCAGAAUGGACAGGAAGCGUUGAAACGAGAAUGUGAUCACCUGGAGAGUGACUGGCAGGACUACUUAGCUCGAAUAUCUCAGGCUGAAGAAGAUAUUAAAACAGCUCUUGUAACAUGGGGAGAUUUUGAGACAAAGUUUACCUCAUGUUCAGCCUGGCUUAAACAGAUGGAAGAGCAAGUUAAAAACUAUGAACUCAAAAACACACUACAGGAAAAGCAAAACCAAAUCGAAAAGUUCAAGAAACAAAGAGAAGAAGUUUUAUCGCAUCAGCCAGAAAUUGACAGAUUUACUGACGAUGCCCAGAACUUGAUGCAUACCAGCUCAGAUGCUCGCCUCAGCACCCAAGUCUCUAAUCUGACAAACCGCUACAGAGGAUUACUGUCUCUGAUAAAGGAUCUUAUUGGAAAAUGGGAGAAGUACACACAGGAUCACUACACAUUUGACAAACGAUUGGAAGAGUUCAACAGCUGGCUCUCCAAUGCAGAGGUCAAGUUAGACUCCUGUCAGAUACCAGCCACCGACCAAGAAACAAUGGAGGAACAGCGAACCGUGAUACAGUUAAUGAUGUCCGACAAAGAACAUGGUCUACAGAGACUGAACACAGCAAUUGAAGCUGGGGAAAAGUUGUAUACAGAUACUGCUGCAAGUGGUCGAGAGAAGGUUAGACAAAACCUCAGGCAGGCCAAGGAAGACUGGGACCGAUUGAACAGCAACCUUCACGACGCUCAGCGCAGAGUGGACUCUUUCUUAAUGCAGUGGUCAUCAUAUUCAGAUGGUCAGGAUCAACUGAUGAAGUGGAUGGCUGAUACUGAAAACCAACUUCAAUCUGAUGUUGACCUAAAAAACACACUUCAGGAGAAACGCAUGCAGUUACAGAAUGUUAGAUCGCUGUUACAAGAUAUAUCUUCUCAUCAAAGAAUGGUGGAUUCUGUCGUUGAAAAGGCACAAGGUGUAUUGCAGGCAACAAACAAUCCAGAGGUUGCUGCUUUCAUCACAGAAAUCAGUUCCAGAUAUGAACAUAUAGCUAGAACUGCAAAGGAGCACAUCAGACAGUACGAGCAGAACGUACAGGACCACCAGCAGUACCAUGACGCCUCCCAGGCUCUGGUGGACUGGCUGACCCUGAUGAAGGACAGAUUUAGUCUGUGCUCUGAUACAUCAGGAGACAGUCACACACUACAAAGCAAGUUAGACCGUGUCCAGGAACUUCUUGUCUUGCUACCAGAGGGUUUGUCUAAAAUGAAAAUGUGUGAGAAUUCAGGAACUAGGUCCAAAGACACAACUGCUCUUCAGGGACGUCAAAAUAUGCAGCAAGAAAUGGACAUGUUAAAAUCAGACUGGGAAACCUAUGCUAGUAGUGUCCGUUCUCUGAAAGAAAACUUGGAGAGGGCCAUUCAGCAGUGGGGUAGAUAUGAUAAUCAGCAUCACAAAAUAUUGGCUUGGAUCAAAGAUAUGGAGAAAAGGGUCAAAGAUUUUCCACUAAAAUCUACCCUCGAAGAAAAACAGCAACAGUAUGGCCGAUAUCAGGAUAUUGGAGUCGAAAUCCAUGGAUUUCAUCACAAUUUGGAUGCAUUUGAACAAAUGAAAGCUGAAAUAAUGACUGACAUGAAAAGUCAUCAACAUGACCUUGAUAAAUUUGGUGAUGAAGCUCAGACACUUCAGCAGAUGACAGGGGAAUCUAGAGUCGCUACAUCUGUUUCACAGCUGACCUCCAGAUACCAGACAAUUCAGCAGAAUGUUAAGGACAUCUUGAAAAAAUGUGAGCAAAAUGUUUCAGACCAUCGAAACUACUUAGAGAAGCAGUCGGAUUGUGCUCAGUGGUUGAUCAAAGCCAAGGAGAAGUUUGAUGCUAAUGCAGACACCAUUGGAAGCAGAUCAGAACUUGAGGAAAAGUUGGAACAAAUUCAGGAAUUGGUAGCAGAAAGAGAUGCUGGGUUUGGAAAGCUAAGUUCAGCUGUAGAAUCUGGAGAGAAACUGUAUCCAAACACAGCAGCAGACGGACGCGAGGUGAUCAGACAGGAACUACGAGCUCUCAAACUUGAAUGGGAGAGCUUAUUUGAUGACCUCUCAGCAGCCCAGAGGAAGUUGGAAGUAGCUUUGGUGCAGUGGACAUCGUUUGAUGACUCUUAUGGACAGGUGGAACACUGGCUAUGUGACAUGGAAUCUCAACUGGAAGGACAGACACCUCUCAGAUCAACUCUGGAGGAGAAAAAAUCUCUGUUACAGAGCUAUAAAGUAUUGCAUCAGGAUGUGCUGUCCUACCAGCGUGUGAUUGACAGUGUCAGCGAUAAGGCACAGUCACUAGUUCACAGUAGCAGUGAUCCACAGCUAUCCAAAUUUGUCACUCAAGCGCGUGCCAGAUACCAUAAACUCUGCACCGCUGCAAAGGAGCAUGUACAUGACUUUGAGCAGUAUGUAGCAGACCACCAGCAAUACAAUGAUGCUUACAACAGCUGUGUAGAAUGGCUCAACAAUAUCCAGGAGAAGUUGUUGGUUUGUGCAGAUGUAGCAGGAGACAGACACACAAUUCAAAGUCGACUUGAUAAAAUACAGACAUAUUAUACUGGAUUGUUAAAAAGUGAUAUAGUUGCAACCAAAAUGGAGGGUGAGCCAAAAGUUCGGAAUGUUCUGGAACUAGCAGAAAAAGUAAUACCCAAUACAGCUCCCCAGGGCAAAGAAAUCGUAAUGCGAGAGACAGAUGCUCUGCAUCGGGACUGGGAAGCCUUUGUCAAUGCUCUUCAAAAGACCAAAGCUGACUUGGAGAAUUGCAUGGAUCAGUGGAAAGAGUUUGAAACAUGGCAGGACAAAGUGUCAUCAUGGCUGAAAGAUCUAGAAGCUCGUGUCAGAGACACAGAAUUGAAAGCAACACUGAAGGAAAAGCAAACUCAGCUAGAUAGGCUGAAACACAUCCACAGAGACUUAAUAGAACAUCAAGGUGAUAUAGACAGUUUAAGUGACACAGCCCAAGAUCUUGUUCGUGUCAGUUCUGACACGCGUGUCAUAAGUCAGGCAUCACAGACUGGUACCAAGUAUCAGGUCAUCUACACUAAUGUUAAGGAGCUAUGUAGACGAUGGGAUCAGUAUGUCUUGGACCAUCAAGCUUACAAUUCCUCCUUUGAUCAGUGCAAAAAUUGGCUGGGAGAAAUGAGGAGAAAGCUGCAACAUUUGUCAGAUACAAGUGGAGACAGAAGAGUAAUUCAGGACAGACUAUCACUUGUACAGGAACUUGUAUCAGAUAAAGAAGAAGGAUUACACAUGCUUCAGAUAUCUUUAGACAAUCUCCAAAUUGUGUUGCCAAAUACAUCGGUAGCAGGAAGAGACAGCAUGCGGCGUGAGAUGCAAGUGCUACAGUCGGAGUACGAUGGACUGUCAGCAGACAUCAAUGACUUAAAAACUAAGCUAGACAGUACUCUAACCCAGUGGACCGUAUACGAUGACAGCAUUGAACAACUUGGCCGUUGGCUGAGAGAUCUAGAAGAUCAGUUGGAGGCAGAGAGCCAGUUACAGAACACAUUACAAGAGAAAAAGUUACAGCAAGAGAGGGUGAAGGUUCAGCAGUUAAAUAUUGCCAGUCAACAGAGUACAAUUGAUAAUCUGAAUGAUAAAGCUGAAAACCUGAAGGCAACCAGCAAAGAUCUCAACUUAGGAAAUCAAAUAAAGCAACUUGUGUAUAGAUACGAAAAACUUUUGGAAAAUGUUAAGAAAUUGAUGAAUAGAUGUGAGAAAAAUGUCAAAGAUCACCAAGUUUAUCGAGACACAUUUAUGGAGGCAAGUGAUUGGUUGAGUUGCAUGGUAGAUCGUCUCAACUUAUGUAGUGAUGUCAGAGGGGACAGAACUGUGGUAGAAGCACAACUUCAUAAACUACAGGAUAUAUUUGCAAACAUGGACUCGGGCAAAGAAAGGCUAGAAAAUACAUUGGCAAAGAGUGACCUGGUUUUACCAGAAACUUCUCAUCAGGGUCAGGAUCUUAUUCAAGAAGAGCUCAAUAUGCUCACAACAGAGUAUGAUGGCUUUUCACAAGAUUGUGAGGACCUGCAGGACACACUAGAGAAAUUGCUUGCUGAAUGGUUGCGUUAUGAGGAUGAGUAUGGGGAGCUGAUUCAGUGGAUGAAGACCACAGAGAACAGUAUGAAGGCCGAGUCAGAGCUGAAGGCAUCUCUGGAAGAAAAAACUAUUCAGUAUGAGAAACAGAACGCUAUACAAGAAAAGAUUACAAGUAAACAGGAAGCGUUUGAUUCUUUGGCUGAGCGUGCUCAGACCCUGCUUCAGUCAACUACAGACAACCGAGUGACCUCACAGCUCACUCAACUCAGCUCCCGCUAUACGAGCCUCAUUGCUUCUUCAAAGGAGCUGAUGAAGCGCUAUGAACAACAUACAAUGGAUCACCAACAUUACGCAGAAGCAUACAGUGAUGCUGCUCGAUGGCUUCAGACUAACAGAGAGCGGUUGUCUGUCUGUGCAGAUACUACAGGAGACAGACAGAAGAUCCAGACUCAACUAGAAAAACUUCAGGAAUUUGUAGUUGUAAAAGAAGAAGGACAGCUUCAAAUCAACACUGCCAGUACGUGGGGAGAGAAGACGAUGAACAACACCUCUAUGGAGGGCCGUGAAAUGAUCCGGAAGGAGUUGCAACAACUGCAGCAGGAGUGGGAUAACAUGAUUUCUGAAGUAAUGGACACAAAAGUCAUGUUAGAGUCUUGUUUGCUACAGUGGUCAGACUACAGUGACAGUUAUGAGAAAAUUCAGAAAUGGCUUAGAGACAUGGAAAAACGCUUGAGGGAAACUGAACCUAAAGCUGAUCUGGGAGAGAAAAAGACUGAACUGCAAAGACUGAAGAGCAUCUACCAAGAUGUGGUGUCUUAUGAGCCAAUGAUAGAGUCGGUGCGUGCAAAGGCUGAUGACCUUGCCACAAAUAGUCCUAUCAGCAAAUCUACAACAGAUACAUCGCAAAUUUUGAACAAAUACCAGAUUAUCAAAGACCAGGCUAUGGACAUGUUGUCAAAAUCAGAACGCUGUGUUGCUCAACAUCAGACUUAUCACGACUCUUGUAACAGUUUUGUUCAUUGGUUGAGAGCUGCUCGGGAAAAGCUUGCAACCUGUUCAGAUACAUUUGGGGAAAAGUCAACCAUUAUGGGAAAAAUUGAACGAGCUAAGGGUCUUGCAGCAGACUUGGGAGAGGGUACACAGAGACUAAAUGAUGCCACAAAAACAGGAGAGAAUACUCUAUCCUCUACUUCUCCUUCUGGCCAGACCAAAAUACGCAAGGAAUUGAGUGUAAUGAAGAGGGAUUUUGAAGAGUAUCAUGUCAUGCUCAAAGAAGCUCAAGACGAUUUGGAAAGAUGUCUGAGUCGUUGGAACGAGUUUGAAGACAGUUAUAAUCAGUUCAAUAGCUGGCUGAAGGAAACUGAAACCUACCUUCGAUCUGAUCUUGACUUAAAGAGUAACUUAGAUGAAAAGAAAAAGCAUUGGGAACAAUACCAGAAUUACAUGGAAGAAGUUCUAACUCAUCAAAGUUCACUAGAUAGAGUCAAUGAAAGGGCUCAAGCUCUUUUACAAACCAAUGCUGAUGCCAAGACCUCUCAUGCUAUAACACAGCUAACAACCAGAUACCACAGUGUGAUCAGCAUGUCCAAGGAUAUUGUGAAAAAUCUUGAGCUUUUCUAUGAGAACCAUAUGAACUACAAUCAGAGUUGCACAGACUUUCAGACGUGGCUUACAGAGACUAAACAGGCACUCAGAAAUGUGCAUGAUUUGUCAGGGACCAAAGAAGAUGUUGAUGGCAAAUUGGGACAGAUUUUGGAUCUGCAGGCAGCAUUGGACCAAGGCCAUUGUUAUCUUCGAAGUUUGCUGGAAAAUUCUGAAAGAACACUACCCAACACUAGUCAGAGAGGAUGUCACAUGAUCCGCCAAGAAACGGAUAAGGCUAAGUCAGAGUAUGAAAAUCUUCUUACGGAUGUUUCCCAGGGCAAGAGAAAUUUAGAAUCCGCUCUAUCUCAAUGGGGAGACUUUGAUCGCUGCUAUGAACAACUUUCAUCAUGGCUAACUGAAGUUGAAAACAAACUUAAGACAGACGUUGAGCUACGAGUGGACCUGCCAGAAAAAAGAUCUAGCCUUGAAAGAUACAAAGCAAUCCAAAACGAUUUAGCUGCCCAUCAAGAUAGUCUAGACAGGCUUGAAGACAAGGCAGAUCAAUUGAAAGACAUGAGGCCUCGCAGUAUGGUUGCAGACUUAAAGUUGCGAUUUACAAGACUAACAGGCCUCGCCAGGGAAAAGGUUGUCUGCUUUGAUGAACAAGUUCAAGGACACGAGGAGUAUAGGAGAGCAUACAUUGCUUGCCUGGACUGGCUGGCCAAUAAUCGUCACAGAUUACAGAGACUAAGCGAUUAUUCUGGAGACAAGAAAAUCUUGCAGGAUAGGUUACAGCAACUCAAGGAUUUCAAAGGAGAAAUGAGACAAGGGCAGGAUAUGGUAAACAAUGCUACUCAACAGGGUGAACGAGUAAUGGCCACCACAGCACCAAGGGGUCAGGAAGCCAUUGUAAAGGAGAUCCAAAACCUAAAAGAUGAUUGGAACACAUUUGCCUCCUCUGUUAAUGAAAUGGAGUCUAAUCUAGAAUCCUGUAUUGGAAAUUGGGAUGACUUGGAUGAAGAAUACCAAAGAUUUUUACAGUGGAUCGAUAGGAUGGAUUCACGAAUAAAAGGACUGAUGGAAAACAAGCCUGAUGAGCAACGCAAACAACAACAGCUUAUGGAAGGAGAGGAUAUCUUUGAAGAGAUUUUGAAAAAGAAAAUGAAUCUUGAAAAUGUAAAAGAGUGUGGAGAUGCUGUGUGCCAGCGGAGUACCGAUCCAAAAGUUAGCAACAACAUGAUGCAGCUAUCUGUCAAAUACCAGGGCUUGGUAUCUCAGGCAAAGAAUAUGAUUCAGAAGUUGUCUGAGAAUGCCAGAGAUCAUAAGAUGUACAAUGAAGCCUUUGACUCUGCUGCCCAUUGGUUAGCUGAUAUGGAUGAACGAGUUACUGCAUGUAAUGACACCUGUGGAGACUGGCAUAGCAUCCAGGAACGUAUAGAAGACAUCAAAGAUAUAACAGCAAGCAUGGAUGAAGGUUUACAGAAAGUCAAUCUUGUGUGUGACCUAGCAGAAAGGAUAUUACCAAAUACUUCCUCUGACGGUAAACGGUUAAUAGAGCAGCAGGUGACAGAACUUACCAAUGAAUGGGAAAAACUAAACAUGGCUAUAUCUGAAUGUAGCUCCAUGCUAGAGGGAGUUCAGGACAGGUGGAAUGACUAUGAAGAAUACUAUGGUAGUUUGGUCAAAUGGCUGGCGGAUAUGGAGAAUACAUUAUAUGCGGAGCCAGAACCAAAGGCACAGUUAGUAGAAAAGAAAACACAGCUCGACAAGUACAAACUUGUCCUCAGCGAUGUCGAAAAUCAUCACCGCUUGGUCAAUGAACUGGCCGAGAGGGUGGCUAAUCUUGAGGCCCUUAGUGAAAACCCAGAGGUGUCCAAUUCUCUUGCAGAUGUCCAAAACCGUUAUGACAAGGUUCUGAACAGGGCCAGAGAAGUUGUGGCCAACCUUGAGCGGUCUUAUCAUGACCAUUUAGAUUUCCAUGAAUCUCAGCAGGAAAGUGAAAAGUGGCUUCUUCAAAUUUCCUUUAAACUGAUGUCACACAACUCACUAAAUGUCAGCUCUAUGGAACUGACUCAAAGACAGAUUGACAAGCACAGGGCUUUGAUCAAAGAAAUAGAAGAUUAUCGAAGAACUCUCGAUAAUGUGAAUAAAAGAGGUCGCCAUUUGAUGGAUGAUAAUGUAAGAGUCCCAAAACUUGCUCAACAAAUACAGUCUCAGCUUCAGAACCUUGAGGAGAGCUACCUUAAUUUACAGUCAACUGCAGAGCAGAUAAGGGUGAGACUAGAUGAGAUUCUACAGAAAUGGUGCCACUACAAAGGCUUGCUGGAGAGAGACAAACAGUUUUUCAAUGAAGAGUUCCCAGUUUGGGUUAAAGACAUUGACAAAAGUAUCCCAGAUAACCUUCACGAUGCCCAGUGUAAAUUAAAAACUGUCAGGGAAAUGUGGGAAAGGUUGGCAUCCAUGAAACAAGAGCAUGCUAUGGCUGCCAGUCAGUGUGAAUAUAUCGGUGAAAGCAAUGACAAGCAGGAUGACGGCAGUAUUGGUGUAGAGGACUCGGUCAGCCAGCUAGCUGAAGCUGUUCAAGAGAUGGUACAGGAUGCCAUUGGAGAGACUGAAAGACGAAUGAAUGAUAUCAGGGACAUCAUUCAUCAAUGGGAGACAAUUGAUCGCACAAGGAAUGACUUGAGGAAUUGGCUACAUAGCAAGCAAGAGGACCUACAUGAAAUAGAGAGUAGGCCCAGUAAACUUCAUCCUGAGGCUGCUGAGCUAGAGAUUGCAAACCUUCAGGUUCUAAGAGAAGCAGUGACAGCCAAAGGGCCAGAGAUAGACACCUUUGUCAAUAAUUACCGAGACUUAACCCAACACAAGCCCUCCCUAGUGGACCCAGUGGUACGAGCUGUCAGAGACGAUUGGGACGAGCUGUUGGGACAGAUUGAAAAUUUGCUUGAAGAGCGAGAACAAGCCUUACUGGAGAGCAGAGAACUACAGGAUGCCCAGAACACAAUGGAUGAUGAUUUGGAGGACUUUGUCAAAGAACUCGAAAAAAUUGAAGCUGCUGAAGCAAGUUUGACAGAUAAAGUCAACCAACUAAAAAAAUUAUCUAAAGCCACUGAUAGACAGAAAGAUUCAUUGGAAAGUUUACAUAACACAGCAGCCAAAGUCUUACCGAAAAUCAGUUCAAAUGAUCAAAGCCUUGUGGAGGAGAAAAUCAGAUCAGUAGGCAACAAACAUACACAUCUUCAAGUGAGAAUCGAACGAGCAAGACAACAGUAUGAGGGAGUUUCUGCAAAUUUGUCAGACAUCAAAGCAGAGGUGGACAAAUAUUUGUUAUGGCUAACAAAACAAGAGCAGAUGAUGUCAGAAAAAGUGAUUGCAGGAAAACAUUUACAAAGUGCAGAAAUCAGAUUAGAGAAUUCAAAGAGUCUUUGUAAGGAAUUGCAAUCAAAGGAAGCAACAAUCGAAACAGUAAAGGGGAAAGUAGAGGAAUUGAUACGAGAUCUUCCUCACUCAGAAAGGGCUUUUGUGGAUGACUGGAUUACACAAGUGUGUGAUCAGCACCAGAAGGUGCACAGCCUAGCAGCAGACCAGCAGAAACUAUUGGCUAGUAGUGUGGAGCAGAGACAGAAAGUUCAACACAAACUGCAACAGGUUUGCCAGUGGCUUCAGAAGAAAGAAAGAGAGAUUUGUGAAUUUCAACUUCUUAGACUGUCAAGUCAGGAAGUAGAGAAACAACUGGAAAGAUGCAGGGCACUACAAAAUGAUGUCACUGGCUAUAAACAACAGAUUGAUGAACUGCAAAAAAGAGGCAAAAUGUUACAUAUAGAUUGUACUGCUGAAGAAAUGACUGAAAUCAACAGCAAACUUUCAGAAGUUGACAAUAGAUACGCAGUACUACUUAACGAUAUCUCAACUUGUCAUAGCUAUCUCCGAGACAGUGUAGUCUCAAGAAGAAACUUUGAAAGUGACCUGCUUAAAAAUGAUAAAUGGUGUAGAGAAACUGAGAUGAGAUGUGCUUCAGAGCCAGUUCUAGACUCUGCGGUGGAACUUUUGGAAGAGCAACUUGUUCACUACAAGAGUCUUCAAAAAACUUCAAAAAUGUUUGAAUCUCUUGGAAAAGUGAUUGAAGAAACUGGUACAUCUUUUAAACCAAAACUUGUUGAAGAAGACAAGUUGAAUAUGGCACAGCAAUUGAAGAGUGCCCGUGAGCAGUACGAUAGGUGUGCAAAUCUUAUUCAGGAGAGAUUACAGUGUAUAGAAGCAGUUGUGUCUGCAAGAUCUGAAACAGAAGAAAAGAUCAGAGACGCAUCAAAUUGGAUAGAGAAUAUUGAAACAGAACUGAAAAAGCUGUCAAAACAACCUGGAAUUGAUGUUACAGAUGGAGAAAGAGUUUUAGAGAAGUUUGAGGCCAUUGGAGAGAGCUUAUCUAUAUACCAGCCAACAGUUACACAGUUGAAUCAAGAAUCUGAGAGGCUUCACAACAGUGGUCAGAGUAUUGAUGCUAGACGUAUUGUGGACAUAACUACUAAAUAUGAGAUUCUGCAAGACCAAGUCACCCAUCAAAGAAAAAAGAUUCAUAAGGAGCUUGUGCUUCAACAGCAAUAUCAAUCUCAAUCUGAGCACAUCGAGUCCCUUUUAUCGGAGUGUAAAGGCAAUUUAGAAAAUGUGGAUCAACAAGAAACUGGCGAAAAGAUGAAAACACUGAAGAUGAUUACAGACAAAUUCAUGGAGGCAGAUACACUGUUUAUUCAGCUUGAUGAUAAAGUACAACAAUUAGCAGUUGAUUAUCCAAAUGAAGAUGCCAAUCCCUUAAGAACAAAAUGUCAAGACUUAAAGGAUACAGCUUGUUACCUGAAAAAGACUGCAGAAGAAAAGCUAAAUCUUUGCAAAUAUACACAAAAUCUUAAUGAAGAGUUGGAGUCUGAAAUUAAUGAGUCAAAGAAUUGGUUACAACAAAAUGAUGAUACAUUAAGGACAUGUGGCACGUUGGAUUUGGAUACGACUAUGAUGACCAGAACUAUCCAUAAGUUCAAUAUGGUCUCCAAGGAAGCACUUCAAAAUGUUGACAGACUGAAAGAAAAAGCACAUUUCAAAACCAAACGCUUAACAGCAGAAAUUCCAGAAUGUUUGGAGGAAAAACAGGACCAGAUAGAUAGCUUAGAAAAAACAGUAACGAAUGCAAUAGAGAAGAAGAAGCAAUAUCUUGCAACAGCUGAAAACAAUCGUGUUCAGUAUGAGAAUUCAAUGAAACAAAUCAAUGACUGGCUGCAUGGAGCUGAAAUACUCACAGACUCAGGAUAUGAUACAUUGGAUCUGGAAACAAUUUCCUGUACACUUAAAGAACAUCAGGAUUACUUUAAUGAGGCCAGCAUGUGUCAGGAUGAAAUGGAGCAAGUAGUGGAACUUUCAGAACGGCUUCUUCCUUCUUUAGAUAACAAUGAUACAGAAACCUUAAGACAAACUCUCAAACAAUACACACAAAGGCUCAAUGCCGUGAUGGCAAAAUCAGCUAGGAAAGAGGAAUUGUUAAAAAUGAAAAUCAAUGAAUGGAAUUCUUUUCAGACUGCGGUUGCAGCAGUUGAUGAGCAAUUGCAGAUGAUUACAAAAGAUUUGGAAAAAACUGAAAACGUCAUGCUCGUUAAUCAAACUUCGGUUAAAGAUCAGCUUAAGCACAUCAAGAAUACUUCUCAAACCAUGGAAAAAUUGCAACUUGAAGUUAAUGAUGUACUUGAAAAAGCUCAUGAAUUAGAAAAAGUUGUAUGUCAUUCAAGCUGUAUGAUCAUCUCGAAGAUGUCUUGUGAUAUAAACCUUAAAUGGAAAAAGCUGGUUACUUUAGUAGAAGUUACAGAGAAGUCAUUAUCUCAUAUACUGGAACAGUGGGAGGAAUUCAAGUCACUUGAAGAAUCUCUGGAUAAAUUACUUAAGGAAAUAAAGGAAUCUUUACCCACAGUUGAAGGAGAAGAUCAUUCUUUAUCAUGGCUCAAUAACCAACUCAAGAACGUGAAGGACCUGUCUUUUAAGCUUAAAUCUACUCACUCCAAAGUAGAAUUUUUGAGAGAAUGUGCCCAGACUUUAGAUAACAUCCUUCCCACUGCUGAGGCUAGAGCGGAAUGUCAGAAAACAUUUCUCAAUGUUUUAGAAAAAGUUGAAAGAUUUCAAAACAAGAUAAAAGAAACACAGGGAACACUGGAAGAAAAGAUUGAGGACAUGGAACAUUUCAUUAAGGAAGAAUUAGAAGAAAAUUACCCGCUGAAUCAAAGCAAAUUAGAGGUUUUGGCCCUGGAUGCCGGGAAAACUCUAUUGGAUGAUGCAAACACUAUUAAAAAGCAAAUGUCACAGGGUUUGGCAACUGAAACACCAUCAUUCCAGGAGAAAAUUGACGAAAUAAGCCAACAAAGAAGGAAACCUCUUGGUGAAAGGAGCCUUUUAUCUAACCAAGACUACACUGACUCAAUUUCAUCAGAGAGGAUUUCUUCACAGGCCGACUACCAUUACCCUGGAGUGUGUCUAUCACCCCCAAAUUUACCGAUGAGAAAUGCUAGCAUACACCAUGAAGAGGCUUAUGGAGACAGAAACAAAGGGGUUUCUGCCAGUGUACCAGAUUUGCAUGCUGUGUGUGAAGAAUUACCCCGUGAACGCUGUGCUUCUUUUGAUUUAAAAAGGAUAUCUUCUGCUGUCAGAGAUACAAGGUUAAAACAACUACAAACAUCAUGGAAUACUUUGUUGAUGCAGGUUGUAGCUAAAGAACAACAACUUCAAGAUGCUGUCCAGAAUCAAGGCCAAUUUCUGUUAGCAGUCCAGAGGGUGAAUACCCAGCUAGACAAGAUACAGCUCAGUAUUAAAGAAGAAUUUAAUAGCAGUGAGAGUUGUAUUGAAGACUUUCAGAAAAGUUUGAGUGAUUUUUAUGAUCUGAAGAGUGAAAUAGUAAAACUGAGAGAAGAAGGUAUGAAGCUAGUAGAUCCUUCACAACCAGAUAGUUUCAAGACAAUGCAGUCAACCUUCACAAUGCUAAGUGACAGAGUUGAAAACUUAGAAGUUUUUGCCGAGAUCCGAAGCACCCAGAUAAAGACUCCUCAAAAAGAAAAUGAAGUUCAUGUAGCAGCAUUUGAAGAAAUCAAAGCACAAGGGAAGCAUAUUGAUCAUUGCAAUGAAGAAGCUGGAGAAACAAUAAUUAAGAAACCAAGUGUAAUUCAUGCCUUAUUCACAAGUUUGACAAAAGCUAUAGAAAAAGAAAAUCCUCACCAUGAAGAGGUUUUUCAGUUAUGGCAUGACUGUAAAACUGAGUUGGAAAAGAAUAUUAUGUGGCUUGAAAAGAUGAGAACUUUUCUAUCUGCUUCAAUACCAAGUGAUUAUGAAGAACUACAAAUGGACUAUCAAAAAUGCUUGGACAUAGAAGAUUUUCAAAUAUCUGAUAUUCAGCAAAGGUUACUUCAGGAUAUGGAAAAGAAAUUGUGCAGUGUUAUUAAAUUAGAUGAUUUCAAUGUAUUGGACGAACAAAUUCUCUUGUUGAACAAACAAUGGCAUGAAAUCAACGCUCAAGUGUCUCAACGCAAAAUUCAGAUACAGAAAAUUAUGAUGCAGUGGGCAGAAUUUCAAAAUAAUGUAACUGGUCUGCAUGAUUGGAUAGACAAAAUGGAGUAUAGAAUCUUAACAGAUCAAGAAUACCAUAUUGAAGACUUAUUAUCAAAAUUUGCAAAGGAAUAUCAUGAAGAGAUUCUUGUCAAGGAAAAGUACAAAAAUACAUUACUGGAAGAUGGACAGGAGCUACUAAAAAUCAGCAAAGGGAAUCAAAUAUCAAAUAUACAAUGUAAAAUUAAAAAAACACGGGACAAAUGGAAUCAUUUGUUAAACACCCUGAGAUUUAGAAAGAGAAAGUUAGAGGAGACGAUGUUUGCAAUUAGACAGUUGGAUAUUAGUAUGGGAAAUCUACGUAAAUGGCUUUCACAUAUAGAACAUCAACUAUCUACACCUUUAUAUUUUAUGAACUCAGAAGAAAUGGAGUUCAAAUCAAAACUUGAGCACCAAAAGAAUCUUCAAAGAGACAUAGAGCAUCAUAGCACAGGAGUUGGAAGUGUGUUGAAUCUCUGUGAGGUUUUGCUUCAUGAUUCUGAUGCCUGUCCGUCAGAAGUAGAAUUUACUGAUUUACAGACGGCGAUGAAAAAUUUAGAUCGUCGUUGGAAACGUAUUUGCCAAAUUUGUCCUGAUAGAAGUUUAUGGAUUAAAGAAACAUGGAUAACUUUGGAAAGUCUAAAAGAAGAUUGUAAAUCUUUUGAAAAUUGGGUAAUAAGUAUCAAAUUAGAGAUUGAUUCUUCAGCGUCUGACCAAAUGGAUGCAAAUUUCUCCAAGGAGGAAAUACAACGUUAUGAGCAAAUUAUGAAGAAUAUUCAUGGAAUGUACAGUAAAUUGGAGAAGAUGAACAGGGUCUACAGAAAGCUGGCAAGAGAGGGGAGAACCGAUCAUAUGGGGACGUUAAAGUCAACAGUUUUUUAUUGUAACAAAGAAUGGGAUAUAUUACAACACAGAGUCUCAGCCAUAUUAAUAAAUCGCAGGCAAUCUGCAGCAUUAGAUGAUGACUUUAAAACUAUGAAGAAUGUGCUUUACAAAUGGCUUACAGAUAUUGAUGUUAGAGUAACUGAUUUAGAGCACUUUUCCUCUAUGAGCACUGAGGCUAAAAUGGCAGAAGUUAAGAAAAUAGAAAAAGAAAUAGAUUCCAAAGAAAGAAAUGUGAGCAGCCUUGACUCGUAUGCUCUGCUUCUUAUGGAAAAGGAAGAUAUAGAAAACGCCAGUAAAAUCCAAAGAGAGGUAGAUGAGUUAAAAAACUACAUGAGAGCUGUUUCAGAAAGAGCAUAUCAGUUCAGUAAAGAUUUAAAGCUAAAAUCCAUUAUGUCACCUGAUCUCGCAUCUGAUACUCCUUUUGACUUUGAAAUGUACACUGAUUGUUCAGGCCAAGGAAGUCCCCAGGAGGAGCACAUUGUUGGAAAUAAUGCAGAUGUGCUGCACCAACCGGAAAUUAUGCAGGGUCGUGUUUAUGAAAGGAAUUCAAAAUUGUCACAGCAGGAACAUGGAUGGACCAAACUUGUUAUCGACGUUGAAAAUACAUUAAGUUGGUUGCAUGAUGUAGUAACUGAUCAAAACUAUGUGAAAACUGCUUCUGAAAAAAGUUACACCUUGGAUAUGAUUAUCAAACAUCAUAGGGACUUUUUAGUGCACCUUGAAUCAAAGAAAACAAAAAUUCAGUCAGUAAAUUUUCUUGGAAAAGAUUUCAUUGAUUUGAGGACGGAAGAGGGAAGAAAACUUUACCAUAAACUCAAAGAAAUAAAUUGUCUUUGGGACAAACUAUGCUUGAAAGCUGCUAUACAACAAAGAGAACUUCAAAUGGCACUGAUGCAAUGUCAGGAAUUCCACUCUACCAUUCAUGAUUUACUUCUUUGGUUAGAAGGUGUGGAGAAUAAGUUGCAACAAUGUGAACCAAUAAACCUUGUCAUGGAUGAAACAGCAAUGUGGUCAAAGCUUCGAACACUUUCUAGUUUGAAAGUUGAGUUAGAGAGCAACAAAGAGAGAAUUCUUGGACUGAAAGAUACUACAGAUAGGCUUUUAACUGAGACUGAAUCUGAGGAUAUGAUGAUUGCUCAAGACAAGAUGCAUGUAAUUACUAACAGACAUCAUGCUCUGAUGAAAUUAUGUUCCUCAUACAUGGCUAGAGUUGAAGAUUUACUUCAAGUACCUGUAACAUCAAUUAAAAGGCAACAAUUUCAACCUGGGAACAAUCCGCAACAGCCCCAAGAGGACAGGAAAAAAUCCUCGACCAAAUGUAACAGUCAUUCACGGUACCUGUGGAGAAGUCUACUUUGGAUUCUUCUGCCGAUUCUGGUAUUAUUUUUGACUCUUGCCAGCAUUGGUCCUAUUUGUGAAGACGUUUAUAGUUGUGAUUUUGUAAAUAAUUUCAAUGAGUCGUUUGUGCCAAUGUUACGAUUUAUUGACGGGACACCGCCUGUUUAAAUUAAUAUAGAUAUGUUAUUUAAUGUUUUGUAAAAUACAAUUAUGGAAUAUACUUCCUUUGUUAUUAAUAAAUUUAAACAAAUUGAA